CACCAUGAAGAACAUCAUUCACAUAAUUCCCACCGCCCCAAGGUGAUGAGCCAGCGACCCAGUGGAAGUAUGCUGUGGUUACAGGCCAUUGGAUCUACACUUGUUAUCAGCAUAGCCCCAUUUUUCAUUCUAUUCUUCAUUCCACUUGAUAAUACCAAAAGCAGUGAGCCUUUGUUGAAAAUAUUACUCAGCUUUGCUUCAGGAGGAUUGCUUGGGGAUGCCUUCUUGCAUCUGAUUCCCCAUGCUCUGAUGCACAAGGCUGAGACAGAUAGCUCACACCAUCAUGAAGAUGGACAUCACCAUUUCCACAGUCAUGGUCAUACUCAUGCCCAUGAUGAGUCUGCUCAUGGUGAUCAUCAUCAUGUACAUGACAUGAGUGUUGGAUUGUGGGUUCUUGCUGGCAUAUUGGCUUUUCUCAUGGUUGAGAAGUUUGUAAGGAUUAUGAAAGAGAAGACUCCAGGCAGCCACCACCAUCACCACCACCACCACAUUGAACCCAAAGCAAAAGAAAGAGAAGCUUCAAGUAGAGAUUCUUCUCCAUCUGCAGCCAAGGACCAGCACAAAGGUCAAGGAGAUGAGAAAAAGAAUGAAAAUCAAGAUUCUGAGAAGGAAGAGGAACAACCAAAGGAGGAAAAGAUAGAGGAAGAGCCAAAGGAGGAAAAGGAAGAAGUAUCUAAUCCUCCAAGCCCAAGUUCAGAAGAUAUCAAAGUGGCAGGAUACCUGAACCUAGCUGCAGACUUCACUCAUAACUUCACAGAUGGGCUUGCUAUUGGAGCUUCAUUUCUUGCUGGACAAAGCAUUGGAAUAGUCACAACUAUAACUGUCCUGUUGCAUGAAAUACCUCAUGAAAUAGGAGACUUUGCAAUUCUCAUUCAAUCAGGUUGUAGUAGAUACAAGGCUAUGCUGUUGCAAUUAGUAACUGCUAUAGGAGCACUGGCAGGGACUUUUACUUCCCUCUUUGCUGAAAGCAUUGGUAAUGCAGCCCCAGCCUGGAUUCUACCCUUCACUGCAGGUGGUUUUAUCUAUAUUGCCACUGUGUCUGUGAUCCCUGAGCUAUUGGAGGACACCAAGUUAUCCCAAUCAAUCAAGGAGAUAGCAGCUCUUCUGGUAGGGGUAUACAUGAUGGUUCUUAUAGCUGAAUAUGAAUGAGAACUGUGAAAAUCUUAUGGUCAAGUAUGUCAAAUCAAUUUGUUUUAUAGUUCUCUGGUUUUUGAAUGGGCAUUUAAUUUAGAUGCUUAUGUGGUGUUCCAUUUUGAAAGGACACUAUUUAUUUUGAUACAAAUGAAGUUUUAUGUUGAUGGAUGCUUCCCUUUAUGUCGGAAUCUCAUCCUAUUUUUCAUUUCAUUGCUGGAGAGUACAAGUCAAGCGUUCUCUACAGAGUAUGACAAAAAGAUGACCAACAACAUUGAGUUGCAGUAUCUCAGACUGCUUUGAUUAAAUUUCACAAAAUUUUGUUUGAAUUUAGCAUACCUAUUUUUCAGAUUUCAAAAUAAGCCAAGUUCCAUUGAUUUAUAUAAAAUUCAAUAUAAAAAUGCUGGAAUUCAUAGUGUACAACUCUUCCAAUGAGAGCCUGCAGGAGUACUAACACUGGGAAAGUUAAAACUUGAUGGCAUCUGAAAUGCUUCACCACCUGCAGAAGCUAAUUUGUUCUGAUACAGUCAUUUUUUAGUCAUGAAAAUUUGUAUUGAUUUGAGAGGUUUACAUUUUUAGCUUACAAUAUCUUGUACUCCUCUUUCUAAAUUUUAAAGAUCAUCUGAAAGUUUCAAGCUUUCUUUGUUAAGUUUCUAAGCAAUUAGAUUUGAAAUAACUGAAUUCUUAGAAACAUUUUAAAACUUGAGAAGAUGGAAUACAAGCUUUGAUCUCUCCAAAUUUAGUGAGAUUUUAUUAAAGCCAACUGAAGAUGCAGCAACUCUUAAGUUUUUAGUCUUUUCUUUUUUUGCCAUACCUUGUACAUUUGAAAUCUCUGGGUUCCCAAGAACUGUUGUUUGUUGAUGUGAGAGUUUACCAAGAUGGAAAAUUGAGCCAACUUGUGAUCUGUACAUGUCUUGCCCAGAGCAGGAUUUGAUACCAUCUGCAUCUUUGUUUCAAAAUAUUUUGCUUACUUGCAAACAGAGGAAAUCCAAAGGAUGUGCCAAAACACGGCCAGGUUGUGGCUCCAAGAAUUCCCUGAAUGUUAUUAAUUAUAAGCAGCCUCCCUGCUUUACUGCUCAAGACUAAAUUUCAUGAGUUUAUAGAGGCCUUAACUGGAGCAACCUGCAGGCACUGAAUCGAUCACUGGCAAUAUGUAACAUGGGAUGUUUCCUUAUUUUUCUGCUUCAUCAUUCCAACUGUGUAUCAGGUUUCUUCACCAUAGAUUCCUCAUGAAGUGAUACUCUUCCUUUUUUCACCUGAUUUUCCAAUGGAUGAUGUGUGGAUGUAUUUUCACUGGGGAAUUUGGUUCAUGGAAAAAGCUGCUUCAAGUGUUAACUUUUCCCACUGCUGGAUCAAUCAAAAUUGUCCAUUUAUUGAUACUGAAUGCUCUUGGUGAUUUCAAAAUAUAUAAAGAGAAUAUUUGUUUUGUUUUUGUGAAACUGAAUUAUGUAUGCAGAGACAGAUCAUGGUGGAAGAUGCUGCCAUGGUAGCAGAGGCCAUACAUAUGAUCCUCAAUGCCAAAUAAAAACUGGAG